CAAAGUGGGUGUGGGCGGAGUCUUGCCCCCUCGUUGCGUGUUGUCAUCGCAGAGAUAGGUGCUGGAGUGGAUGGAUAUCGCUAUGGUCCGUGUUACUUCAGUCUGGAGGCUGGGACUGAAAGUGGGAGAUGUUGGAGCGGCUGCGGCUGCCCCUGCUGGUUUCUCCCACCUCUAGGAUAACUAACCCGGGUUAAAAACGGAGACAGGACGCUGCCCACUCUAUAAGGAGGCUCGUGCUCAACAAGUGGCUGAUGGAUUUAAUGCACUUGAACAGCAUCUCUGCAGUAGCUUCAUUACCACGGUGUCUCACAGGACACUUUGCCCUUUGCUUUGAGAUUUUAUGGCUUUGAUAGAACUGAGACUCUCUAGAUGAGAUCCGACUCCUCCAACUGCCUUUCUGUAUUGGUGGUAUCCUGUAAGAAGAGACUCUGCUGUUCUUGAGUGUCCUUGUCGUCCUGAAGUGUCGAUAGUGAUGCCACCCGUCCUGUGUGAGUUAUGAUGACGGCUCUCUCUUUGACUGAGGAAAGGAGAUCCCCCUCCAGCCACAUGACAUGAUGAAGACACUUCCUGAAAGUUUGCUCUUCAAAGAAUCUGCGAGCAGGAUAUGAGUAUUUUGAGCCCUGGAACAGAUAACAAACCAACCCUUGUGGGAUUUGUGGGAGACCCUGAAGAAUACUCCAAAGCCAUGCAGUCAGAGGAGUUAUUCAGCAGGAAACUCAAGGCCUUGAAUGGCAGCAUGGGACCACCAGCCUCCAGUAUGCAGGUGAAACCCGACGGUGCAGGGAAAACAAACGGUACUCCUGCCAUGCCCAAAAUGGGCGUCAGGGCUAGGGUGACAGAAUGGCCGCCACGGAAAGAUGGCUGGGAUGUACGGCCUUCACCCAAUUACCAGAGUGUCAUUCCGGUUUUCCAGAACGGACAGCAGGAUCUUGCUGUGGAUUUACUGGAGCAAGGCGAGGCAGUGUGUGUGGAAGUGGACUACACUGACAAAUACACACUCAGCGACCUUCUCUGCCACUCUCCCUUAAAGGGUCUCCACCCGAUCCGUCAGCGGAGCAACAGUGAUGUGACCAUUAGUGACAUUGACUCUGAGGAUAUAAUGGACCAGAACGCUGUCAAUCCCAACACCGGAGCCUCCCUGCACCGUGAAUACGGAAGCACGUCCUCCAUUGACCGCCAGGGCCUCGGUGGGGACGGCUUCUUCACCAUGCUCAGAGGCUACAGAGUUGACAACCUGGAUCAUCGGAGCAUACCGCCUCUGGGAUUCCCAGAGUUGUUACGCUGUGAUGCCUCUUUGUCCCCAAGCUUACAGACAGCCGCACAGAUUGCCCGGGGAGAGAUAGUCCACAUUCCAGGCUAUGAUUACAUAGACAGUUCUCUCCUCUACAGCCGGGAACGGGAAAAGUCCUUUAUGAGGCGUCUUAAAUCAGAAUCAACAGAAACUUCUCUGUUCAGGAGACUGAGGACCAUUAAAAGUGAAAGUGAUGCCUUGAGACUCUCUUUAGAGGACGACCGGCGACCCCUGAGCUUUCAGAAAUGCUUCGCCCACUACGACGUCCAAAGUGUGCUUUUCAACAUCAGUGAAGCCGUGGCAAGCCGGGCAAAUCUGAGCCAGAGAAAAAACACCACCACUGGAGCUUCGGCCGCCUCAGCUGGUGUUGGGGCUGCGGCAGGUGGAGUGCUGGGAGGCGGCACUGUCGCUGUGCCUGGAGACGUUGGAGCAGCAGGUUGCAGCAGUGGAAAUCAACUCAUGUUCGAAUCUCCGCUUGGGAGCAGAGAGGAUCUGAAUCCCAAGGAGAACUUGGACGUGGAUGAGGGAGACGGAAAGAGCAACAACUUGGUGCUGAGCUGUCCACACUUUCGUAACGAGAUCGGCGGUGAGGGGGAGAGGAAGAUCUCCCUCUCCAGAGCCAACAGUGCCAAUUACAGUGGCAUGUCGGAGAGUUGCUCGUUUGAGUCCUCUCUGAGUUCCCACUGUACCAAUGCUGGCGUCUCUGUACUGGAGGUGCCAAGAGAAAACCAGCCAAUCCACAGGGAGAAGGUGAAACGCUACAUUAUUGAGCACAUUGAUCUUGGAGCAUACUACUACCACAAGUUCUUCUAUGGAAGAGAGCACCAGAAUUAUUUCGGGGUGGAUGAGAAUCUGGGACCCGUGGCGGUGAGCGUCCGCAGGGAGAGGCUGGACGAUGGGAAGGAGAAAGAAGGCAUGCAGUACAACUACCGGAUCACCUUCAGAACCAGUCAGUUGACGACUCUCCGUGGAGCAAUCCUGGAGGAUGCCAUUCCAUCCACGGCAAGGCAUGGAACGGCCCGCGGCCUGCCACUUAAGGAAGUCCUGGAAUACGUCAUCCCUGAGCUGAACAUCCAGUGUCUGAGGCUGGCUCUUAACUCUCCCAGAGUCCCAGAGCAGCUCCUCAAACUGGAUGAGCAAGGGCUAAGCUUCCAGCACAAGGUGGGGGUUCUUUACUGCAAGGCGGGCCAGAGCACGGAGGAGGAGAUGUACAACAAUGAGAGCGCUGGCCCGGCGCUGGAGGAGUUCCUGGAUCUGCUCGGCCAGCGGGUUCGCCUCAAGGGCUUCACAAAGUACAGAGCCCAGCUGGACAACAAGACUGACUCAACGGGAACACAUUCCCUGUACACCACCUACAAGGACUACGAGUUGAUGUUUCAUGUGUCCACCAUGCUCCCCUACACGCCCAACAACAGACAGCAGUUAUUAAGGAAGAGGCACAUUGGCAACGACAUUGUCACCAUAGUAUUCCAGGAGCCCGGGGCCCUUCCCUUCACUCCCAAAAACAUCCGCUCCCAGUUCCAACAUGUGUUUGUUAUCGUCAGAGUCCACAGCCCGUGCACUGAUAACGUCUGCUACAGCGUUGCCGUAUCCAGAUCCAAAGACGUGCCUCCGUUUGGACCCCCCAUUCCCAAGUCCGUAACUUUCCCAAAGUCGGCUGUUUUCAGGGACUUCCUACUCGCAAAGGUCAUCAAUGGCGAGAACGCUGCUCACAAGUCGGAGAAGUUCAGAGCCAUGGCGACCCGUACGCGGCAGGAGUACCUGAAGGACUUAGCCGAGAACUUUGUCAGCACGGCUACUAUAGACUCAGCCGUCAAAUUCAGCUUCAUUACGCUUGGAGCAAAGAAGAAGGAGAAAGUCAAAGCCAGAAAGGAGGCGCAUCUGUUCAGUGUGGGAGCCAUCACCUGGAGUGUCUGCGCCCGGGACUUUGGGCAGUCGAUGGACAUUGACUGCUUGCUCGGCAUAUCCAACGAGUUCAUUGUGCUCAUUGAAGAGGAGUCGAAAAACGUAGUGUUUAACUGCUCAUGUCGCGAUGUCAUUGGAUGGACCUCAGGGAUUAUGAGUAUUAAAAUCUUCUAUGAGCGCGGGGAGUGCAUCAUGCUGUCUGCCCACGACAACUGCGGCGAGGACAUCAGAGAGAUGGUGCAGCGACUCGAGAUUACCACCAGAGGCUGUGAGACUACAGAGAUGACGUUGCGGAGGAAUAGUCUCGGCCAGCUUGGCUUUCACGUCAACUUUGAGGGAAUCGUGGCCGACGUGGAGCCGUUUGGCUUCGCCUGGAAGGCCGGGCUGAGGCAGGGCAGCCGGCUGGUGGAGAUUUGCAAGGUGGCCGUCGCCACUCUCACUCAUGAGCAGAUGAUUGACCUCCUGCGCACAUCCAUCACCGUCAAAGUGGUUAUAAUCCAGCCGCAUGAAGACGGUACUCCUCGAAGGGGCUGUUCCGAACUUUACCGGAUACCAAUGGUGGAGUACAAGGUGGACAGCGAGGGCCAGCCCUGCGAGUACAAGACGCCCUUCAGGAGAAACACCACCUGGCACCGGGUGCCGGCCACUGCUGGGGCACCUCUGACCCGGGGCUCGCCCACUCAGGGUCCUGACCGGCUGCAGUGCCAGCAGAUCCUCCAGCAGCACCAGGCCGUCAUCCCGCGAAGCACUUCCUUUGAUAGGAAGCUGCCAGAUGGCUCCAGGACUUUGCAGGACAUGGAGAAUCCCCAGGUCACUAUAUGCAACAAGGGAGACCAGCACUACCGCAGCUCGCCCAGUAACCAAUCCUCGUCCAGCGAUCCGGGUCCAUGUGGCAGCAGCAACUGGUCCCAGCAGCCCGGAUAUGAUGGGUGUCCCUCCCCUAUACUGCAUGAGCGGGCAGGUGAUAUCCAAGGAGGCGAUGGAGAGAUUCGCAGAGAGAGAGAGCCCACCCUGGAAAGAACCAGAUCUGCAGAGGCCAAAUGGCACAUACCCUCCACGAAGAUCCUGAAUCCUCUAAAGCAAAGAGAAGGAGGAAAGGACUCGCCAAACAAGCUUUCCAGGACUGGCGAUAAAAACUCAAGCCACUCUAGUAGCAACACUCUUUCAAGCAACGCCUCCAGCAACAGCGAUGAUAAGCACUUUGGCUCUGGAGACCUGAUGGACCCGGAGAUGCUGGGCCUCACCUACAUCAAAGGCGCCUCCACAGACAGCGGCAUAGACACGAAUCCCUGCAUGCCCCCCGGAGCCCGGAUGUUGCUGCAGGGAAGGGUCGGGGAACAGGGACACCCCUGGGUCUCUGAGCACCACGAGGACGAAAUGACAGAAGAGGAUCAUGGGAAACUAUACUUGCAGCAAGGCUUCGCUUCAGCCAUCAUGGGUAGUCACGUGACAGAGGGCAGCAUUGGAGACCUCAGCGAGAUUUCGUCUCAUUCAAGUGGCUCACACCACUCUGGCAGUCCCCUGGCCCGCGGUGCCAGGUACUGUAUGUCCGCUGACUCCUCCAAGGUGUACACCAUCCCCCAGACGAGCAGCACAGGGCCAGAGCCGGGGCCCAGCUCCGAGGCCUGUGGACAGACACGCACACAGUCCAGCUGCAAGCUCACAGAGAGCAUGAAGACAGCUGAUGAUGAUGAUGAUGGUGAUGCCCACUGCACUGAGGGACCUCCCAACAUAUCAGAGUGUGGAGGAGCGGAGAGCUUGUUAGCCUUCCUUCUCAAAAUGCUGUCUGAGCGCUCCAGGCAACUGUACGCGCAGGAGGCAGCGUGCCGGCUCCAGCCUGCAGAGCACGAUGGAAAAUCCCUGCAGAGGCUGUCAAAAGAGGAAUUUCGAAAGAUGUUGCUGCCAGACAGCCCUCCAGGAGAAGACAGGAGCCGGAAGGUGUUGGCACCGGGCAGUUUGUCACCGAGACGCUCGCUCUACCGGACGCUGUCGGACGAGAGCGUGUGCAGCAACAGAAAGGCUUCGUCCUACGCCAGCUCACACAGUUCCAUGCUCGAGCAAGCCAUGCCCAACGACAUCCUGUUCAGCACCACGCCACCUUACCACAGCACGCUGCCUCCUCGCAUGGUCCACAACCAGGGAGCGUCCAACCUGCGCAGUGAGUUUUGGUUCUCUGACGGCUCCUUGGCGGAUAGGUCCAAGUUCAGCGACCCGGGCCUCAUGCCCCUCCCAGACACUGCCUCAGGCCUGGACUGGUCUCACCUGGUCGAUGCAGCACGGGCCUUUGAAGACCAGCGCGUGGCGUCUUUCUGCACCAUGACAGACAUGCAGCGGGUGGAGGCUCUGCAGAUCUCCAGAGAGCUGACCAGACGGGUGGUGGAGGCGGAGGGAGCAGCGCUGGAAGCAGACAGCUCCCCGUCCACACUAACUGGCAAAGUCAACCAGCUGGAGGUCAUCCUCAGGCAGCUGCAGCAGGACCUCAGAAAGGAGAAGGAGGACAAGGCCAUGCUGCAGGAGGAGGUGCAGCACCUGAGACAGGACAACAUGCGGCUGCAGGAGGAGAGCCAGACGGCAGCAGCUCAGCUCAGGAAGUUUACAGAGUGGUUCUUUCACACCAUUGACAAGAAACCCUGAGCGGCGCAGAGAGGAAAAACAGAGGAAAGACGGAGCAAAAGAAGGCCUUCAUCCCUCCUGUACACCCACUCAACUCCCAUGUAAGAUUCCCAGAUAAAUCCACAAUGAAAACAACAUUAAAACGACAACAACGACGAGUAUUAAAAGCCCCAUACUUAGGAUGUUGUGCUGCACUGUGUGAACCCAGAUCUGGACUAUAGUUUGGGGGAACUCCUCUCUGCUCCUCUUUUUAAAGUUACUGGUCUCUCUUGGGGAACCUCAUGGUGUUUUGCUCCGGAGAGGACUUGAGAAAAGUAAUUCCAGGGGAAAGGAGCUCCGCUGAGUCCUGGGAUCUUCUUACAGAAGUGGAAUGUAAAGCUCAUUUACUGUAGUCAACAUUUAAUCUACCUACGUAAAUCACGUCAGUCUACUGUACUGUAUACUCAGCUGUACUGUACGGGUGAAUCUCAAUACAUUACAACGUUGUGAAAGCUAAUUUAUUGACGCAACUUAGAUGAAUACAUUUAAACACACAGGGUGAUGUAUUUCAAGCAUAAUUUUUAAUUUUGAUGUUUAUGGGUUUUUACAUGUAAUCAGUAAAAAACAUGAUUACUGUGUUUUCAUUAAGUAAGAAAUAGAGUUCAAAUCAAAUGUGAAUAAGUUUGUUCACAUUAUAAGUCAUUAAAAAACAUUUGGUACCAUCCUCCUCCUACCACUAUCUGUUGUCUCCUUUGUCUUUUCCGCCUGUGGUAACACCCAGUUGUUGAUCCCAUGCAAAAAAAUAUUUUUCAAAUAUACUAAUUUGAAUACAGCCAAAAAACCACUUUAACUUUUGCCAAUUUAAUCACAAACUUAAAUUGGCAUGUUUCAAUCAAGUACAUUUAUCUUCGUAACUCCAGUUUGCACUUUUAAAUAGAAACACAGCUAUAGACUGUGGAAACUUCAUGUGGAUUGGCUCCUGUGAUAUCACAAAAUUUUUCCUUUUAUUCAACUUUCCAUUAAUAUGCUUUGAUACAGAAGUCUAUAUUGGGGUUUGUUUUAUACUUCCCUCAUGGCUGUACUUGUCUCUGUUGAUGGUGCAACUCUUUCUACCACACUUUUUCCUUCCACUCAACUUUCCACUAGUAUUUUUGUAUACAUCUCUCUUUGAACUGCUAGCUUUUUUGGCAAUAGCCUUUACACAACUUGUAAGGGAAGUCAAUAUCUGUUAGUAUGUUAAAAAAAAAAAUUCUCAAACUGUGAAGUCAAAAUUACCAAGAUUAAUAGAAAUAUGAGCUUGAAAUGAUCACUCUGUGUGGUAGAUUUAUACAAUAUGAGUUUCCCUGUUCAUAAUUAAAUUACUGAACGACUUUUCUUUUUUUCUAAUGUACUGAGAGGCACCUGUAUCAUUCUGCGCACACUGUCACUCAGCUGUUUCUGCUGCAUUGGCCCUCACGGACGUUGGGGGAGCAGAGGGUUUGAGGCGAGAGUCGGAGGGACAGGAAUGUACCAGACGAAAUAAAGUGAUACUGUCUGCCUGCACCAGGAGGAAUCCACAUAUGGUGGGCUUGAAAUGUUCAGUGUGUCGACGGGUGGGAGGGGAUGAAUGUAGCUCAACCGAGACCUUUUAUUUUCUCUGAAACUCUCGUUCCCAAAGCUACAGAAGUUCUGAACGUUUGACGUGUUUGUUUUCAAUCAACUUUCCUGUUUUUUAUUUGUUUUUUUUUUCUCCUCUGUGUUGUAACGUAGGUUCACAUGGCAGUAAUUUUGAUGUUUGAAGGUGCUUUCUCCCUCAGCACAUAUUUGUCAGUAGUUUCCAUUCACCGUCACAAUGUCCUAGCAAUAACAAAGUGGUAGUUACAAAACUGUGUUUUUUAUUUCGUUUUUUGGAUUUUUGUUUUCUAAAGGAAGUUAGCACAAGUGUGGAUAGUUUCUUUUGAGAAGCAGAUGUUUUUUUGACAUGUAUUUAUAAAGCUGGAAGAGACUGUGCCUAAAACUGGUUGUAAAUUGAUUUUUUUCUUCGUUUUUCUCUGUCAGCUCUCUUUUAUAAACACAUGCCUUGUCUGUGGCUCACUGAGAUAAAAUCAUUUGAGUGUGAGAGUGUGUGUGAGUGUAGCAGUAUGAGUUCUUAUGCAGUGGUUUCUAGAGUAUUAGAGCGGACGCCAGUGAACCACACUUACAAUGCCAAAUGUGUUUAUUUCUGUACAUAACUGCCACAGAAGUGUCUUGUAUUUAACACUAUUAUUUAAGCUUAUUUAACCUAAAGUUGUUUAUUUUAUGAAGCUUCUUUAUUUGUUUUUUUUUUUCUGCACUAAUGAGAGAUAAAGCUCUGUGUAUGUUGUAAACUGUGUUGCUUUGCAGGGCAAAAAUACAACAAAAAAAAUCAAACCAACCACAAAACAAAUUAAUAAGUAUAUAUUUAACUAUAUAAAUAAUUUUGGAAAUUCCAACAUUUGGAUGCUGCUAGAUGAACAGAUCGCUGGUUUGUAUGCUUUUAAAAAUCUCUCUCCUCGUUACCAGUCUCCUCCCUGGUGUGGGAUGUUGGACGCAUUUGAUUGUUUUCCUGUUUUUUGUUUGUUUUUUAUUUUAUUUUGUUUUUAAUAAAUGUAGUUGUAAAAAUCAGA